AUGGAUGCAAUAUCUAAAUUGUCGUUUCCUUAUUAUCAAAAUAAAGAUCAAUUAGUGCUAUCAUUAAAUAAAUUAACAUUAACUGAUGAAAAUGAUACAAAUAGGUUUAUCAUUACAUUAAAUAAUCAAUUUAAAUCAAUAGAAUCAAUUGAACAAAUUAAUACUCAACAACAACAACAACAAGCUACUAAAUCAGUUCCUGUUCAAUAUAUACAGAAUAUAAAUCAAGAACAACUGACUCAAUUUCCAUUACUCAUUAAAAUAAAUCCAUUAUUUUAUAAAUUAAAAUUUCAUAUUUCAUUAAAGCCAGGGCUAAUUAAUUUUAAUUCAAAAUCAUUAAUUAUAGUUAAAACUACAAAAGAUUUAAGUUUUGUUAAAGAUAAUAUAUCUCAGAAUAUUAAAGAAUUGGAAGUUUCAAAGAUUGAAUAUGUAAAUUUACCAAUAGAUAAAGAAAAUGAAACAUUUCAAAAAGUUAUAAUUAAUGACUAUUAUAAUUCUUCGAAUAUUAAUAAUAAUAAUUUGAAUGUAUCGUUGUGGGAGUAUGAUUCGGAAAAAGACAACUACCAUUAUUUGCUAAAUUUCAGUUUGUUUGUUGAUAAAUUGAAUAAAACUGAGGAAAUACCCGAAAAGCAUGAGAAAUUAUUUACACUUGGUGAUUUCAAAAAAGAGUUCUAUUUCAAUAUUGAAGAUGGUCCUGAAUUAAGAAAGACUUUUAAUGAUCUAGAAAAUAUAGCACCUAAGGUUAAAAGGAUAUAUCUACAACUAAGUGAUGAUUUCAAAAUAAUUGAAUCAAGUAUAAGAAGGAUCUCUCAUACAAAAUUUAUGAUCCUAGAAGGUGUAAACUCAUUAAUGGAUUGUGAAUCUAACUAUUUGUUAAAUGAAAUGAAGUUUAAACAAUCAUUUCAUCAAUCAUUUUUAAAAUUAUUUGAAAAUUUUGAAAAGAAUUUAAAUUUCUUCUUUACUGAAGUUUGUGAUAGUAAAUUCCUAACUAAAAUUUUAAAUCAAAUAUCAUCAUUAGACUCCGAGGAGUCAAAAAAGCAAUUUGAAAAUGAUUCAAAAGAAUAUUAUUCAUGGUUAAAUAAAUAUUUAUCAAAUGAAAAAGAAAGACCAGAACUGAAAUUACUAAAUAAAAGGAAAAUUUUUGAAUUAUCAAAGUUUGAUUAUUUAAAUCAAUUAACUAAAUUUACAAAUAAUCAAUAUAUUAAUGAAUUAACUGAAAAUUUAUUCAAAUUUGUUAAAUUAGAUUAUAAACAUGGAUUAUUAAAUACAUCAUUAUAUAAAAAUAAGAAGAUGAAUCAAUUAAUUGAAAAUAAUUAUCAAAUAUACCUAAAUGUCUUACUUCGAUUCAAUUCGGAGAAAUAUAAAUUUAGACAAAUGAUUGAAGCAUGCGCCACAAAUGAAGAAUUAACAAAAUUAAUCUCAUAUAAUAAAUUAAAUUCUUCAAUUUUAUCAAUUAAUGAAUUUAUUAUAACUAAUGAUAAUUCUGAUUUAUUAUUUUCAAAUGAAAUUCCACAAUUUUUAAAUAUUGAUGAUUCUGAAAUUUCAGGAAUUUUAUUUACAUUGGGAGGACAAAAGAAACAAGGAUGGCAUAAAGAAUGGGUUGUUGUUAAAAAUGGUCAAUUAAUUGAAUUUUCAGACUGGAGAAAAGGUAAAACACCAAUUAAUAAACCAAUUGAAGUUUCAUUAUCAAAUAUAAAACCAAUAUCAUACGAUAAAAGACAAUAUUGUUUUGAAAUUACAACUUCAACAAAUUCAAAACAUGUAUUUCAAGCAAUAAAUAAUGAUGAUAGAAAUAAAUGGUUAAAAGCUUUAUAUAAUGCAGGACAAUUGGUGAAUACAGAAAGAAUUGAAAAACAACAUAAAAAACCAGGGAAAUUGAUAACAAAUUUUGAAAAACCAAAUAUUUUAAAACAAGAUAGAUCUGUUUCACCAAUUUCUAUAAAAUCAAAAUUACCUACACCAAUUGAAGAGAAAGAUUAUUUAUCAUUGGUUAAAGAUUUACCUGAUACUAAUAAUAAUAUUUGUGUUGAUUGUGGUGCUACAGAACUGGUUGAAUGGAUAUCAUUAAGUAAUUUAGCUUGCUUCUGUGUGAAUUGUUCAUCAUGUCAUAGAACUAUUGGGUCAAGAGUUAGAUCUUUGAAAUUGGAUCAUUUUGAAAAUGAAGUAGAACUAUUAUUGAAAUUAAUUAAUAAUAAGCUUGUGAAUUCAGUACUCGAGGAGAAGUUAACUGUCAAAAUAAAAUCAAAUGAACCUAAUGAAUCAAGGCUACAGUUUAUCAAAGAUAAAUAUAUUCAUAAAAAAUUCAUAGAACCAAUUCCAGACGUAAAUAAUUUAUUAAUCAAAUCAAUUCAAAGUAUAAACCUUCCAAAUGUUUUAACAUACAUUUUAGCAGGUGCUGAUGUAAAUCUAUCAAUCCAAAUUACGAGCUCAAAUAUCAAUAAUCAAAUUGUUGAUUUAUUCGAAUACAGUUUAAGAAAAUAUGUUGAAUUAGAAAAAACAGGUCAAAAAUUAUUUUUAAUAAGUGAAUUAUUAAUUUUAAAUGAUUGUGAAAUUAAAGAUCCAAAAAAAACAAACAAGGAAUUAGAUUUAUCAAAUGAAGCGAUUAAUUAUUGGACUUAUAGAUAUCAAAAAUUAAAUGGUACUUGA